UAGCUAUAAAUAAAGACCAUUGCAUUUAAUUCAUCUUGACUGAUCAUUAUGAUUAUUACCCAUAGAAGAGUCGGAUAUCGUAUAGGCAUAACAUACUACCGUACUUUACUGUAUGGUGAAAGACCGUGGUAAUAUUUUGGAGGUUGAAUAAUAGAGGUGUAUCUCAUAAGUAUUUGAAUUGCAUAUGUCGAAUGAAGCAUAAAGUAUAGUUUGGGAUAAAGAAGGUGUGCUGUCGGGUGAUAGAUGCUGAGACAAAUAUCGCAAGUACCAAGAAGAUGCUGGUCUGUGAAUAGUGCAACCGGGGUCUGGAAUCCAUCCUUGCAAAAACUAGAAUCCGUACUGCCAGCCAGGAUGACCAGCAGUGAAAGCGGACCAAAAGAGUGCAAGGUGAUACAAGAGGCAGAAUUAACCAGAGGAAAAUGGUUAUAUUUGAGUAACCAUCAUUGGACUGAUCACACUGGAAAAAAGAGAAUAUGGGAAGUUGUUGGCAGAACUACCAAAGGCCCUCAAGAUCAAGAUUGUGUUGCUGUGGUAGCUACAGUUAGUAGGUCUGGACAUCCUGAUGCAAUGGUGCUCAUAAAGCAAUUUAGACCACCACUGAAAUCUUACACCAUUGAAAUGCCUGCAGGACUUGUUGACAAUGGUGAAACAAUAGAAACUGCUGCAUUAAGAGAACUCAAAGAAGAAACUGGAUAUAGUGGGUCUAUAACUGGCAUAGGUAGAAAUGUUUCAUUAGAUCCAGGAAUGUCAAGUGCAACUAUGAAGAUUGUUACAGUAAAAGUCAAUGGUGAUGAUGCAGUGAACAAGGAUGUUUCCAGAGUGUGUGGUGUACAAGGAGAACACAUAGAAGUAAUUCUUGUGCCACUGAACUCCCUCCAGAAGUCUUUGAUGGACUUUGCAGCAGAUGGGCUUAUCAUUGAUUCAAGAGUAGAGGCUUUUGCUCUUGGUUUUGCACUGACCUCAGAGAAAAUUAUAUAACAUAUAUAUCAAUAUUGUCCUUGUAUUUGUAGUAAAAUUGGAGAAAAAAAUGUGAAUCAAGAAUAAAUAUACAAUUUAAU